GUACAGCCAGCAUGGACGCUGUGGCGUUUAACACCUACACAGAGUUCUUCACCCACACUCACUCCAUCUGUCACUUCCUGCAGUCUGAGGCCUGGCAGAGCCGAGCAGAGAACACCAUGCACAGGCUGACAGAGAGUUCAGCGGGUGUAGCAGAGCAGCUGCAGUCCACCAGGCAGAUGGCAGAGGACCUGAUAGAAGCCCAAAGUGCGGCCUUACAGGCACAACAGGAGAUCCUGGACAACGGAGAGGAGCUGAGAGUCACCCUGAGAGACUCAACCCAGGGCCUUAGGUCUAUUUUCUUGGAGCUCAGCAGUGUCUCCAGGGAGCAGCAGGUGGCGCUGUCUGAGCUCUUCAACAGAGUGUCCUUCCUGCAGAGCUUCCUGAUGGUGGAGGCUCACAGUAUGAGCUCCUGUCUGUACAACGCAGCUGCACUCUGCGCCUCCUUCCUCCUCACCUCCACACAGCGCUCCUCUAGAGCCAGGUUGAUGCUGUUGGGUCUGGUCUGCUUAAACUUCUACUUAGAGAGGAAGAUCUACCAGUUUGUGUUGAGCUCUGAUCAUCCUGAACACCAACACAUGGAGCUGGUCAGUGUGUAUGUGAGUGUGUUGCGACAAGUCAUGGUGUUUAUAGGAGUGUGUGUUCUGCUACGAGCGUGUGUUCGGUACCAAGACCCGGUCCAGGAGGUUCUACAGCAGCUCAGAGAAACCCAGAACAGCCUGCAGGAGGCGCUGCAGCACGCAGGUGAGUUCUGCCUGAUCCACAUGGACCAGUACCUGACCCACGUGGACCGGUACCUGAUUCAGAUGGACCAGUGCCUGAUUCAGAUGGACCAGUACCUGACUCAGAUGGACCAGUGCCUGACUCAGAUGGACCGGUACCUGACCCACAUGGACCGGUACCUGAUUCAGAUGGACCAGUGCCUGACUCAGAUGGACCAGUGCCUGACUCAGAUGGACCAGUACCUGAUCCACAUGGACCAGUACCUGAUUCAGAUAGACCAGUACCCAUCUCACAUCUCUGAUUAG